AUGGACGGAGCCGGCCAGGCCAACCUGCGCAUCACCAUCAUCGCCGCCGACGGCCUCUACAAGCGCGAUGUCUUCCGCUUCCCGGACCCCUUCGCCGUGGCCACGGUCAAUGGCGAGCAGACGCGCACCACGAGCGUCAUCAAGAAGACGCUGAACCCCUACUGGAAUGAGAGCUUCGACAUGCGCGUGAACGAGGAGAGCAUGCUCGCCGUGCAAAUCUUCGACCAGAAGAAGUUCAAGAAGAAGGACCAGGGCUUCCUCGGCGUCAUCAACGUCCGCAUCGGCUCUGUCAUCGACCUCGAUGCGGGCGGCGACGAAAUGCUGACCCGCGACCUGAAGAAGUCCAACGACAACAUGGUCGUGCACGGCAAGCUGAUUCUGAACCUCUCCACGAACCUGCAGGCGCCCAUCAGCAACCAGCCCGGCGCUGCAGCGUCCCGCCCCGCGCCCCCGGCCCACCCCUCGGCCAACGGCGCCGCCUCGACCCCGCACCAGUCGGCGCAGUCGCUCAACCCCAACGCGUACCCCGGCCAGCGCCCGUCGUCGACGGGCCAGCGACCGCCGUCGACGACGCAGCCGUCGGCGCAGCGGCCCGGCCCAGCGGGGGGCCCCGCCGGCCCGCCCACGACGGCGCCGCCCGCCUCGACCAACGGCGCGCCCGCCGCCGGGCAGAGCCAGAACCCCGGGUACAGUGCCUUUGAAGAUGCACAGGGGAGGCUGCCCAACGGCUGGGAGCGCCGCGAGGACCACUUGGGCCGCACCUACUACGUCGAUCACAACACGAGGCAGACGACCUGGAUUCGGCCCGGUGCGGGCUUCAACGAGACGGACAACCGCAAUGCCGUGGCCGCGUCGACGCAGCAGGAGCGUGUCCGCCACCAGAACCGCAUGCUGCCCGAGGACCGCACCGGCGCCAACUCUCCCACGCUCGCCGAGCGCCAGCCUUCGCCUCCCAGCGCCGGCGCGGGUGCCGCCAACGCUGCGAGCAUGAUGGCCACGGGCGCCACCACCGCCGGGACAGGCGAGCUGCCGUCGGGCUGGGAGCAGCGACACACGCCCGAGGGACGGCCGUACUUUGUCGACCACAACACCCGCACAACCACCUGGGUCGACCCCCGCCGACAGCAGUACAUUCGCAUGUACGGCGGCCAGGCGGCCAACGGAAGCACCAUCCAGCAGCAGCCCGUCUCCCAGCUCGGGCCGCUGCCGUCCGGAUGGGAAAUGCGCCUCACCAACACGGCACGGGUGUACUUUGUCGACCACAACACCAAGACCACCACCUGGGACGACCCGCGAUUGCCGUCCUCCCUGGACCAGAACGUACCGCAGUACAAGCGUGAUUUCCGCCGCAAGCUCAUCUACUUCCGUUCGCAGCCCGCGCUGCGCAUCGUGAGCGGGCAGUGCCACGUCAAGGUCCGGCGAACGCACAUUUUUGAGGACUCGUACCACGAGAUUAUGCGCCAAUCCGCUGCGGACCUGAAGAAGCGUCUGAUGAUCAAGUUUGACGGAGAGGACGGCCUGGACUACGGAGGUCUGUCCCGUGAAUUCUUCUUCCUGCUCUCCCACGAGAUGUUCAACCCCUUUUACUGCCUGUUUGAAUACUCGGCGCACGACAACUACACGCUGCAGAUCAACCCCCACUCCGGCAUCAACCCGGAGCACCUGAACUACUUCAAGUUCAUCGGACGUGUUGUUGGCCUGGCCAUUUUCCACCGUCGCUUCCUGGAUGCCUUCUUCAUCGGCGCCUUCUACAAGAUGAUCCUCCGGAAGAAGGUCGCGCUGCAGGACAUGGAGGGUGUCGACGCCGACUUCCACCGCAACCUGGAAUGGAUGUUGAACAACGACAUCACCGACGCGCUCGAGCUCACUUUUGCGACCGACGACGAGAGGUUUGGCGAGACUGUCAGCAUCGAGCUGAAGCCGGGCGGCGACGACAUUGACGUCACAAACGAGAACAAGCACGAAUACGUCGAAUUGAUUACAGAAUGGCGCAUCCAGAAACGAGUCGAGGAGCAGUUCAGCGCCUUCCUCAGCGGGUUCCACGAGCUCAUUCCCCCGGAUCUGGUCAAUGUGUUUGACGAGCGCGAGCUGGAGCUGCUCAUUGGCGGCAUCGCUGACAUUGACGUCGAGGACUGGAAGAAGCACACCGACUACCGCGGGUACACGGAGAACGACGAGGUCAUCCAGAACUUCUGGAAGUGCAUUCGCGGCUGGGACGCUGAGCAAAAGUCGCGUCUGCUGCAGUUCGCCACCGGUACCUCGCGCAUCCCCGUCAACGGCUUCAAGGACCUGCAGGGUUCGGACGGGCCCAGGAGGUUUACGAUUGAAAAGGCUGGAGAGCCCAACCAGCUGCCCAAGUCGCACACAUGUUUCAACCGUCUUGACCUGCCCGGUUACAAGACCUUUGAGGCGCUCAACCAGAAGCUCACGAUUGCCGUCGAGGAGACUGUUGGUUUCGGACAGGAGUAG